AUGUCAGAAAUAGCUCAUGAUUCAAAGAAGGCUGUGUCCACCAUGGGCAUGGGCCUCAAUACGUCACAGUCGACUAAGUCAAUGAUGGCUAUUAGCAAGAAAUCCUUGAGCAGGCUCAAAGUACGAAGAGCUUCCUACGGUUUCGCGGGAGUACCGGGGAUCAGGCCCGUGGAGAGGACUUCACAGGUUGCGAUCGAAUUCAAAAGGCCGCCAUUGUUGUUCCUACCCACAUAUCAGCUGGAUCCUUCUAUACCGUUUCAUAUUCCCUCGGUUAGGGAAGCUAUAAAUGAGGCACUAGAUGAGCAUUUCACGGGACAUAAAUAUAGUCCACAGGAGUCUCCAGCCUUAGCAUUGCGUUUAGCCGGGGAGCUAAUGAAGAAAGUGAAGUGUUUAUCCUUUAGUCGCCACAGGAUCAUAUCCGUCGUGACCGUGGCUCAGAGAAGGGCCCAGAGUUAUAACAACGCCGUGUCAUUUCUAUGGGACCAUGAAAGGGACAAUUAUGUCGACGUUACAAGGGAAAAUACCUUUACUUUCAUUCAAGCUACUGUUUUUGGCAUUUAUCUAGAUUAG